AUGGCAGGUCUGGUGGCAUUUCGGACCAUGACCAUGGCCGAUUUGGAAGAGGUGGUUGAGUGGGCAGCCGCCGAGGGCUGGAAUCCCGGGCUAGCAGAUGCCCCAGCCUUUUUUGCCGCCGAUCCUGAAGGCUUGUUCGUGGCCACGCGCGAUGAUAAGCCGGUGGCCGCGAUUGCGGUGGUCAACCACAACGACCAAUUUGCGUUCCUCGGUCUAUACAUCUGCCGCGCCGAGUAUCGGGGUCAGGGCAUCGGCUUUGCUCUGUGGCAACACGCCCUUCAGCACGCUGGUGACCGUUGCGUGGCGCUCGAAGGCGUGGCAGCGCAGGUCGCCAACUAUGCCAAAUCUGGAUUCACACCCGCCUAUAAAACAGAACGCUUCACAGGACUCGUGGAGGGACAGUCACACCCGCUCGUGCGAUCGGCCCGACCCGACGACGUUGACAUGCUCACAGCCUUGGAAGCGGCCGGUGCCGGCACGACCCGUUUGGCCUUUAUGCAUGCCUGGCUCGCCGACCACCCGCAUCGCCAGACAUUGGUCCUCGAGCGUGAUGAUGGCACCGUGGCCGGCUUUGUCACUGUUCGCCAAUGUCGGGAGGCCAGCAAAAUUGGACCCCUGGUGGCGGACAACCUGGCCCACGCCAAAGUACUGCUACGUGCUGCCGCCCAUCACCUCGGCAGCGGCGCCGUCGCGCUUGUGCUUGACGUUCCGGCUCCCCUGACCGGCCUGGCCGACCUCUGUCGAUCCCAGGGCAUGACCGUCGCCUUUGACACCAUGCGCAUGUACCGCGGCUCUCCCCUUCCGGCCCCGUCUGCCCCACCAGGCGCCAUCUACACGCCAGCCACCCUAGAAGUCGGCUGA